AUGGGAGGUCUCAUUCAAGCUGUUCGAUGGUGGCAGCAGGCCCAAGUGCAGCUCCCCAGUGUAAGAGAGCAAAAGGGUAAAGACAAACAGAAGCAAGCAUCUGAUCUGGAAAACUGUCUUUCAACUGUGAAUAUCGCAGAUUGCAACACGUAUGAUUUUUUCUGCUUUAAGAGCAAAUCUUGGCAUGAAUUUAUAAAUGCACAACAAACUGAGCAGAAAGAUGCCGACAGCCAGUUAGAAGUGAAAAAAGAAGCAGCAGUGUGGGAACUUUUCACAAGUGAAUGCACUUACUUUCAGGAUCAUUUGCUGGUUCUCAAGAUGAUAUUUAUGAACACUCUAAAAUACCUCCAGAGUAAUGAAUUUCUCUUGGAUGUGGAUUUGUGGAGACUUUUCGCAAACUUAGAGGAGUUAAACAAGAUAAGUCUCAGUUUUCUGAAAACUUUUUUUGAAACUGUGAAGGAACAUGUCAGCAAGUCAGACUCUCCUAUGGAUUUCAGCUCCAUACUCAGAAAGUUUUUCCAGGGUGACCUCUGCCAGACACACCAGAUUUAUUGCCUUAAUUACACCUCCGCUGUCUUCUACUUGGAAAACUUGAGACAGAGGGAAGAUUUUGGCAUCUACCUGAAAUGGUGUGAACAAAACGAACAGUGCAAGAGGCUGCAUCUGCCGGAGCUGCUGGUUGCUCCUUUGCAUCGACUGACACGCUAUCCCCUCCUCCUUAACAACAUCUGGAAGAGGAGCACCCACGAAACAGAGAAAGGCUUUAUCUGGUCACUUAAAGAGAAGGUGGAAAGGUCCAUACGGGAUCUAGAGGGUAAAGUCAAGUGGUUGGACAACUUUCAAAAGUUCAGGCAACUGCAAGAGGUCAUAGUUUGGCCUCAAAUCUGGGAUCGUGACAAGAGAUUCUUUGUCCCAGAGUGUUUGAAGCAAAGCUUAAGAGAAAACAACAGUGAAAACAUUUUGUCUUCAGCGAACAGACUUCUCCUUCAUGAAGGCAGGCUAACAUUAGCAGAAAGCACAAGACUCCUUGAGGUCUACCUCUUCCUAUUCGAUGAUUUCCUAUUAAUUACCAAAACUAAACAUAACAAAAAGAAAUACAGGGGCUCAGACGCCAGCUUAAUCCCUAUCUCUCCUUCCCUCACUCCUGAGUUGCAGUCGCUCAUAAGAGAGGGUGGGUUUUGCACAGUCCUAGACCAGCCCAUCCCACUAGACAGACUAGUACUGAAAAACGUCGACCCCGUCCACAUUACAGUCUUCAGCUUGCGAAAUGCUUUCCUAAUACAGCAUGAAAAUAGGUAUCGUCAGUGCAUAGCAGUCUUCUUGCUACAAGCUCAGACAGAGACUGCCAAGAAAGCAUGGAUGUCACAGAUAGAAACGGCAAUCUCCAAUUACACCACGCAACAUGAAACCAAGAAAAGCACUGCUUUCUGCUUCCCAGAUGAAUCCUCUGAAAUUUAG